AUGACUUUAUCAAUGUUUUUUGAUGCUUACGAAACAGGAAAUGGUAUGGGUGCUCAUUGUGGUGCUCACAAUUUAGGAGCUGCAUACACUAUUUUGCACUCAAUUCCUCCUAUCUGUAGAAGCAGUUUACAAAACAUAUUUCUAGCUAUGUUGUUUCAUCAUGAUGACCUAAAAAAGAGCGGAAAUAGUGCAGUAUUUUCUAAUUUUAUUGAUGAAUUCAAUUAUCUAGUUGAAACCGGGAAACUAGUUCAAAUUAAAACCGAGAGAAUACAAGUUUACUUCAGUCUCGUAGUACUCGAAGGUGAUAAUCUUGGAUUGAACAAAAUAUUAGGUAACUCUGAGAGUUUCUCAGCUAAUCAUUUUUGCAGAAUGUGUAAAAUGUGCAAAGUUGAUGCACAAUAUGCGAUUAUUGCUGAGAAUAACCUUUUAAGAAACGAAAUUAAUUAUGACACUGACGUUGAAAGCAAUGAUUUCGGAUCAACUGGAAUAAAAGAGGGCUGCGUUUUUAAUAAUGUUCGUCACUUUCCUUGCGUGCGAAAUAUUAUAGCUGACCUGAUGCAUGAUCUUCCAGAAGGAGUUCUGGCAUACGAAGCAGGAUUAAUUUUUCAUGAACUAGUUCUAGUUGAAAAGGUUAUCGAUUUUGACAUUUUCAAUUCGAUUUUGCGAACUUUUGAUUUUCAAUUUGAGUCAAAUCGACCUCCAGCUGUAUCUGUGGAUCAAUUAAGGAAAAAAUAUAUCAAAAUGUCAGGUUCAGAAAUGAUGACUUUUUGGACGUAUGCACCAAUAAUGUUUGGACGUUUCAUUCAGGAAGAUAAUGUAUUUUGGCAAGUAUUCAUUAAGCUAAGACGUAUCUUAGCCAUAUUAAUGUCAAAACAGUUUGAUUUUGAAUGCUUCGAUUAUCUGGAUAAUUUAAUUACUGAGCAUCAUGCACAGUACAUAGAGUUGUUUGGGCCGUUGAAACCAAAACACCAUUUCAUGGUGCACUGCUCCCUUGUUAUAAGUAUGAUGGGACCCCUUGAACAACUCCAGGCCAUGAAGGACGAAUCGAAACAUAGGAAAAGCAAGUUAACGUCCAAUUCCGUCUCUACACGGGUUAACAUCUGUAAAACAAUAGCUAUAAAGCAGCAACUUAUGUUUUCAAAUAGAUUACUGUUAAAUAAAGGAUUUGAUCUUGGGUUUUCAAGUGGACGCUUGGAAGAGUUGAGCGGAACAACUUCUGAUGCAUUAUUUAAUGUGAUGAAUUGUGAAACGAAUGACUUUCUCACUGCCGAUUUCGUUAAAGUUUUUAACACUCAGUAUAAAAUCGAAUUUACGGUCAUUAUUAACUUGAGGGACGAUUUCCCAGUGUUUGCGAAAAUACGAGAAAUUUUAAUAUCUUAUAAAAACAACGAUGCUAUCUUUUUCUGCGACGUUUAUAAAUCUAUGGGAUUUUGUGAGCACUUUUAUGCCUAUCAUCUAGUUAAAACUGCUAAAAAACAGUUUGUGAAACAGUCGGACUUAUGGAAUUAUAUUCCAGUUCUCAUGUAUAAACACAGCAACGGAAAAACAUACGUUAUAAUGAAAAAUGAGGCAUAA